CUUAUUCGUUUCGGUUAUACGGGAAGCCAAGUUAUAUUUUUGGGUGUUCUUUGCUAUAAAAACCGCGCCGUUUUACUCCGUCCAACUUUUCAUAAUUUUAGUUCUAAUUUAGGCACCUACCAAUGCCAGAGUCUGUUACUGGACUUGGAACUCUAUACACUAAGACACUUAACGUCAAAUCUUUUAGUACAAGAAAUCAACUUUUGUCAACUUGAAAACAUCAUAAUGGCUCUUAACGCAAUCGCAAAAAACCUAAAAGUUCCAGAAAAAUCAUUUGCAGGAAGAAUUACUCAGUUCUUUCUCAAAAGAGAUAAUAGACUUGUAGAAGAGAAAGCUGUUGAACAUUGCGGUAUUAAAGCUGACCAUUAUGUUCUUGAAGUUGGUUUUGGUCCUGGCAUAGGUCUUGAAGCAGCAUACAAUAAAAUCAAAGAUGGCAAAGGUAAAUUAUUUGGUCUGGACUUAUCACCUUACAUGUUGGAAACUGCAAGCAAACUAAUGAAUGAAGGCAUCACCAAUAAUCAAGUGGAAUUGCAUCUUGGAAGUGUUAUGGAAAUGCCAUUUGAGUCGAAUACCUUUGAUCGGAUUUUUCAUUGCAAUUGUUUUUAUUUUUGGCCAGAUUUUGACAAAUGUGCUCAAGAGUUAUAUCGUGUUUUAAAGCCUAACACAUUUAUGAUAACAACAGCUGAUUGUAAAAGGUUAAAAGCUUCUGAAGAAAAGGGUUUUCUGAAAUAUGGCAACGCAGAUAUAGAAUUAUAUAUGGAUGUGCUUCGUAAGAAUAAAUUUGAAAAUGUAACAAUGGAAACUCAUGGUUCUGAAAACAAACAGUACCAGGUUAUUUCUGCCUUCAAAGGAGCAAAAGAAGAAUAAUUUGCGUUAGAUUUUCAAACAGCUCGUUCUGACACAGCGACAUACAUUUCGAAAUCAAUCUAUAAAAUUACAUAAUAUUUCCAGUGCUCUUUAGGUUUGUGUUUGUUAUGUUAACAAUAAUUGUAUCACAAAAGAUGAAUUUAUUGUUUAAUAAGGGAUACAAAUUCAUGUAUAAUUUGAUAUCAGAGCACAUCAUAAAUUAAGAUGGUAUAUUAUGUAACCUACCAAAGGACUCUUUUGUUCCAUUUCAAAAUAUUGAGCACAUUACUUCAGUGCUAAAAACAGUUCACUCAAAAUUAUUGCAGAUUCAGUUAAAACAUCAAAAGCAUUUAAAUAAAAUUUCCUUUUCAAACAAA